AUGGUUGUGGGCUCAUUUAAACUAUUAUUAUUAAUAGGGCCGAAAGGCUGCAUGCCAAUCUGUUGCUAGAGCUAUGUCUAGGUCUUCGCUCCAUUGGAAAUGUGCGGAGACGCGUUGACAAUAGACCUAGCCGCAGCUCAGGAAGCUCGUUUCGGACAAGUUUCAUGUUGUAUGACCUCUUGAGGGCGCUCUGUUAACAGGUCAGGGACCAAAAAUAAGUAGAUAUCUAGGCCUACACACGAAAACAUAAAACAAAUCUGGGCUGCCAUGGGCCUACCAACGUACCAGUUCAUUACUAUUUUGUGAGCCCAUUGGGUUUUUGCAGUAAGACUUGCCAUCAUCUACAGUAAACCUCAGCUAAGUCGGGACUCAAGAAAUUAUGACGACUUACACGAAUGGCGACUGUAACUUAGUCAUCAUUUUGCUGACUUACACGUACACAUGUAUUGCCUAUAUGUACAUUAUGAUUCCUUGCAUUAACUCAAUGGCUUUGAUUUACCCUGGUUAAUUUUUACUCCUAUGGUCAAUCCCAGCAAAUUCGUUCUCGAUUAUUAUCCUCAGGGGCUGCAAAUUCGAUAAUUGAUAGUCUGCCCCUAAGAACGAACCAAGGAUGGCAAGCCACUUGCAUAUCACAUCACGACUCAACAGUGCAGUACGUACAUUUUCGAGGGCCCUGAAUCGUUCAUCAUUUUGGAGAGGAGCAGGAUUGAUGCAAAGUGUUGUCUUCCGCCCCGUUACCAUGGCAACAGACCGGCCAGUUGAGGCAAACAUCAGGAGGAAGCUGACAGAGAUGUUUCAGCCUGUCCACCUCGACGUCAUCAAUGAGAGCUCUAUGCACAACGUUCCCCGGGGCUCAGAGACACACUUCAAAGUGGUGGUUAUCUCCGAGAGGUUUGAUAAGGAGAGCCUGAUCAAACGGCACCGUCUCGUUAACGAGGCUCUGAAGGAUGAGUUGGAUGGACCCGUCCACGCUCUAUCCAUACAGGCCAAGACCCCUGCCCAGUGGAACCAGAAUGCCAGUGUCAGCAAAUCCCCACCUUGUCUGGGUGGAAUGGCCAGGGAGCAAGCACAGAAGGACCAGGCGAGGUGACAUCCACAAGCUGUGGGUGGCGUGGCCGAGGAACAAGCACUAAAGGAUCAGGUAAAGACACAUCAGCUGGGGUGUGGCCAGGGAACAAGCACAAAAACAUAGAGGCCAGGGCAAAUGACAUCCACAAGCUGUGGGUGGUGUGGCCGAGGAACAAGCACAAAAGGAUCAGGUAAA